UACAAGUCCCUCAUCUUUAUUAGAAAUUCACUUUCCAUUAUUUGUAACCUUAAUUUUCAUGCCUUUUGUGGUUUUUAGAACUAAUCACUGUGAGUUAAUUCUUGCAAAAUGAACCAGAAAAUCAGGCUUGUGAGAAAAAAAGAUGGUUACUGACUUUACUUCUGUUCUUUUCCUACGUAUAAGGCAAAAAAAUUAUGGGGCGUGGAAAGAUAGCCAUUAGGAGGAUUGAGAACCAGACAACAAGGCAAGUCACCUUUUCAAAGCGUCGAGCUGGGCUUUUGAAGAAGACUCAUGAACUUUCAGUUCUCUGUGAUGCUCAAAUUGGGCUCAUCAUCUUCUCUAGCACUGGAAAGUUGUGUCAAUACUGCUCUGAGGGUUUGAGGAUGGAGCAAAUCAUAGAAAGGUAUCAGAAGAUGACUGGAACCUGCAUUCCUGACCAUGAUAGCCUGGAACAACUAUAUGGAGAAUUGGCUAUGUUGAGAAAAGAGUUCCGGCGUCUUCAUUCAAACAUGCGCUGCUACACCGGUGAAGACAUGAGCUCUAUUCCUUUUGGGGAGUUGGAUGCAGUAGAGCAAGAACUAGAACGCGCGGUUAACAAGGUCCGACAUAGGAAGAAUGAGCUCUUGCACCAGGAGCUGGAAAAUCUGCGCAGGAAGGAGCGUAUGUUGGAGGAGGAAAACAACAAUAUGUACCGCUGGAUUCAGGAGCAUCGUGCCGCGCUGGGAUAUCAACAGGCGGCGAUAGAAGCAAAGCCGGUGGAGCAUCAGCUAGUCUUGGAUCAAUUCCCAUUCUGUGGAGAACCCAGUAGCGUGCUUCAGCUUUCAAACAUCAUUCAUCAAAUUGACCCAUACUAUCUCCAGCUUGCUCAACCCAGCCUUCAAGGCUCUAGCGUCUAGAACUUAGCAGAAUUAUCAGAUUUGGAGAAGGGCUUCUCACGUGGAAGUAUUAGGCGUAGUGGCUAUAAUAUUUUUAUUUUUCCUUCGUUUUUUAACACAGACUUGAUUUCAGCUAAAUAUUGCCAUGUAUGUUUGCAUGACUCUACGUAUUAAGAUAUGCUUUUAUGUUGAAGCUACGGUUUGAUUUGUUUUUAUAAAAACCAGUACUGUGUUUCUGUUUCUCAUCUAACUCUUUUAUGGCCCUAUAACGAGUAAGGGUUGAAUG